CUUUUCCCUACCCAUUUUCAACACCGGGAUUGGGGCCGUUCCAUUUACGCGUCAACAAGGAUGUCUUCCGAUGAGCAAGAUGCCUUGGAUGCCCUGGAAAGGGAAGCGUCCGACUUUGUCAAGGACGCCGAGAUUGAUCGCAUUAAGAAGGCAUUUGCACUAGACGCAUACGCCGUCCUCGAUCUCCAGCCAGGAGUUACUGAAUCCGAUAUCAAAGUACAAUAUCGCAAAAAGUCUCUACUUAUCCAUCCUGAUAAGACAAAGAAUCCAGCUGCGCCAGAUGCGUUUGAUCGUCUUAAAAAAGCCCACUCUACACUAAUGGAGGAGAAGUCGCGCACGUACCUCGAUGAAUGUAUCGCAGAUGCGCGACGGCUGUUGAUUCGUGAACACAAGUACACAUUGGAUUCGCCUGAAUUAAAGACAGAAGAGUUCAAGAAGGAAUGGCGUCAGAAGACAGUGCAUGUGUUGCUAGAAGAGGAGGCACGCCGGCGAAGACAAGCCAAGGCUAAGUUACAAGAGGAAGGCCGUGAGAGGCGGAAAGAAGAGGAGGAAAUUGAAGAACGAAAGCGAAAGCGAGACCAGGACAAGGCAUGGGAGGACAGUCGUGACGAGCGUAUCAGCAGCUGGCGAGAUUGGCAGAAAGGAAAGAAGAGUGAAGGAGACAAGAAGAAGAAGAAGAAAUUGAAAGUCCUGGGCUGAUUUGCAAGAUUCGAUCACUUUUCAUAGACCCCUCCAUCACAGUGACACAGGUCGAAGGCAUCAUAGCAUUUGAAAUCUUUAUUGUUGUGUCUUAAUGGAAAGCAUUGUCACCAGGCUUGUAAGAUUUCUACAAGCAACUUGCGCCUCUGCAUUUAGACUUAGACCGAGU